GCCGGUUCUGGUGAAUUGUGUUAAAUGGAGGAAAAGAUUCUCCUUCUUAUGCAAGAUGAGUGCUAAUGCAGGGACAGGGGUGCUGGAGCCUUGUGUUUUUCGGGUGUCUGUAAGAAAGAUUACUGGCACUGAUACGGUGUGGGUGUGUCACACAGCUUGGUUUUGCUGAUUUAAACUUGGCUGAGUUUGCCGGUUCAGGAAGCACCACACGGCGCUGUCUGUUGGAGGGAUACAACACCAAAAACACACGUCAGGACAACUCUAUACUGAAGCCAGCGAACCCAAGGCGAUCACCGAGGUCAUCCAGGAACCAGAACUGGAAACCAAUAAAGCCCCGGAGACCACGCACACUGACAAAUCCAUCUCAGAGCCAGGAGUGGACCUAGACCCAAUUGAUCUGUGGUCCGCGGAUCCAAUUCCCACCCAGGUCCCCACCCCCCAAUUCUUAAUUUUCCUUGCCGUUUCCGUCUGGAGAUCUUCUUCUGCCAAUGUCCCUGCAUGUGUUCUCGGUUCCAGCUAUCCAGCUUCCGUCGCGGACUUUCGGGAUUACAGCUGCGUCUUCACCCUGCACCCCUACACCGUCAUCGGGCUCCUCCCUUCCUCCUACCUCCCCGUCGUCCUCGCUUGCCCCAUCGUCGCCCCGGUCAUCCAAGUCACCGUCACGGCCUCAGUCCCGAGAGCCAGCAGUUCAGCGCCAGCCUUCCAAGCUUGCGAUGUCGCCCAGGUCCAUCAGACUCUCUGCUCCGCCAGUUCCUCCAUUCACCAUGGUUCCGCCGCCGUCGGCUCCCGGUUGCCGCCCAGCCCGUCAGUCAAACUCCACUCUGGCUCCUCACCACUGUCAACACCACCAUGGUGCCUGUGGCCAACUACCCCAGGCUGCUGUCCGUCACCAACUCCACGCCCUCCACCAACAGCCUCCUCCCUCAUUCCUCUGGUUAGGCUUCGUUUGUCACGGCGCGAGGACGCGCCUUUCCGAGGGGGGCGUUAUGUCACGUGUGAUAAUCAAUAUGCAACUAAUGUCAGGUGAUCCCUGCUUUAAAACGCCUCCAUCCACUGCAAUGACCGUUGGUUUUCCAGGAGACGCAGAGACAUGUCUACAUGAGGACAGAAGAGGAGAGACACAGAAAUCAACUAAUCAACAUAUUUGUACAGAAACUCCAGGAAAAAGUGGCUUCAGCCAUAGUUCUGUUCCAGACGAACUGGGAAAGUGUGGCCAUUCAAGAACCGCCAGCUACGCCAGCCAGCAGUCCAAGUUCUCGGGCUACAGCACGGGUCACUCGCGCUCCUCCAGCCUGACGGAGCUCUCGCAUAGAAGGAACUUGUCUGCGGGCAGUGCCUCCACUGGGAUUGGCAGCCUACCAGAGCCCAGUGAGGACAGAGAGUCCCGCACACCUUUGCCCCAAGACUUAGCCACACCGUCACACAGUGGGAUCACAGCCAACAGGCACCCUGUAAAGCAGGACUCGGUAGAGUGUCAGCUAAAGCGAAUGGACGCUACCAGAGUGGAUGCUGACGAUAUCAUUGAGACAAUCCUACAGGGUCAGGACUUCAGCCGCAGCAUACUGGAUUCUAGUAAUGAAGAGGAGGGUCUGCGGCUGUUUGUUGGGCCAGGAGGAAGCACUGCACUGGGCUCUCAGCACACCAGGGUUGGUGCUGGAGCUUUUGAACAGGUGGUUAUAAAACGUUAGACUGAACGUCCAUGGGGGAAGGUGAUGUAAUAUCCUGUGUCAAAGAAGGGGACAGCAGUUGUCUUCGAUCACAAGCAGCAGUUCUAUACUGGGCUCCUGACACAUUCAUAGGCUCUAGGAAUUUGUGACAUCACUGCUCCCCCUACUGGUCAAGCUCUGGUGACAGACAAAAGCUUUGUUUUAGCUCAGAGUAACAGGAAAUGCUUGGAUUGGUACACUUUUACCAAAAGUACAUGGUUAUUGUUCUCGCAGUCAUUUUUAAAAUGGUCGCUUGGAACCACUGGUAUAAUCGAACCGAAAAGGCGUGUUGCAGUAUUUAAGGCCUUUUUUAUAUAAACUUGACAUGAAUUGAUGCACUUUAGACUGUCCGGUGUUUCCUUUAAUGGAUGCUGCUAAUUUGAGGGGGAAAAGAAGAAAAAAAAAAAAAGUUAUAUUAUAUUAUUAGUAUAUUUAUACUGCAGAUUUCAAGUAGACUUGAAACUUGAAAUCAUAUUUCUGAUAAAAGUCUUUUUGUGGCUAUACAGUAGACAGAGGACAGCUAGGUGGUCUGAGCUGUAGGUGGCUAUUAGUUCAACACCUGGUAGAAGUAACUUGACUGCUGGACUGUUUUUCAAGUCAUUUGAAAUGAGAAGCCUCUGUUAAAACGGCAUAAUCCAAAUUAGUUUUACAGGCAUUCCUUUUCUGUUAAGGAGAGAUGCAGAAGACCUGAACCAAGAUUCAGGAUCCUUUUUGUUUGUUUAAAACGGUUUGAAAAUUUGGGGGAUUUUAUAGUUUAUUAUUGCAAUAAUUUGUUUGAAAUAACAUUAAGGUUAAUAAACAAGGCUGUUUAUCAGAUUUCAUAUUGUAGAUUAUAGAGCUGUACAUUUUUAGAUAUUUGUAUAUAAAGAAAACAUAGAUUUAAUUUAUGUGUUCUGGUUUUUCAGUUGUAACAAAAAAGCUAAAGUAGUAAAAAAGAAAAAGAAAGACUUAUGAUAUAUCUGAUAUUUCAAAUCAUAAAGGUCAUAAAGUAUAUACGUAUGUAUAGGUAUAUUAUAGGUAAAUAUACCUAUAUAAAUAUACUCAUAGGUAUAUUUAUAUAGGUAUAUUUACCUAUAUAUAAGUAUAUUUCUUAAAUACUGUUUAAUACUUCUUGAAUACUGCCUAUUGAAAUCUAAGAAAGUACAGUGCCAGACUGCCAGGAACGUCUUUCCCGAAAUGUACCUGUUUUUUGUUUUUGUUUUGUUUUUUAAAAGUAAAUUAUGUAAUUAAGUGGCAGCAAAAAAUGUCAGUCAAAAUUCAGAAUGUAAUGUUGCAUUUUAAGAAUGCAUUAGAGCAUAACAUAAAUGUUGUUUAAAAAAAUAAAACUGUUAUAUAAACAAA